CAAAAUAUGAGAAAAUAUAUACAUAUACACUAAUUCUAUAGAUAUAGAUUCUUAAUUAGGUUCUUCAUCACAUCACUUUUUUUUUUAUCAACAAAUCACAAACCAUGGUUUCAUCUCCUUCUCAUUAUCAAUCUCAUGGAUGUCUUGAUAAAAAACAUUGGUGGCUUACCAAUAAAAAGAUUGUUGAUAUGUAUGUAAAGGAUGCAAGAUCAUUAAUAGCAUCACAAGAACAAAACAACAUUGCAACAGCAAUAAGUUUACUUGAUGCUGCACUUGCUUUAUCACCAAGAUAUGAAUUGGCAAUGGAGUUAAAAGCUACAUCUCUUUUAAGUCUUAAAAGAUAUAAAGAAGUUGCAAAUAUGUUACAAGAUUAUAUUCCUAGCCAUAAAAUGUCAUCAUGUGAUGACACUUCUUCUUCAUCAUCAUCUUCUUCAUCUUCUGAUAAUAAUAUGCAACCAUUGGCUAGAGAACGUGUUAAGCUUUUAUCUUCUGGUGCUAAUUCGCCUUCUCGGUUCGAGCAACCGUUUAAGUGCUUUUCGGUAUCGGAUUUGAAGAAAAAGGUCAUGGCUGGAUUAGCCAAAAAUCGCAACAAAGAAGGUCAAUGGAGGUAUAUGAUACUUGGUCAAGCAUGUUGUCACUUAGGAUUAAUGGAGGAUGCAAUGGCCUUACUCCAAACCGGAAAACGUCUCGCUUCCGCAGCGUUUCGCCGCGAAAGUGUGUGCUGGUCAGACGACAGUUUCACAUCUUCCUCGGAAACAUUUGCCUUAAACUGCCAGACACAACCACCUCCGAACGCUGACUCAGAAAGUAUAGGCCACCUCCUUAGCCACAUCAAACUCCUCCUUCGUCGUAAAACCGCAGCAAUCGCAGCUGCAGAAGCCGGUCUUUACAACGAAUCCAUAAGACAUUUUUCAAAAAUCCUUGAUGGGCGCCGUGGUUCCCCUCAAGGAUUUUUAGCCGAAUGCUAUAUGCAUCGGGCUUCAGCUUAUCGGUCAUGUAACCGAAUAGCUGAAGCCAUAGCUGAUUGUAACCGAACAUUGGCGUUAGACCCGUCUUGUAUCGAGGCCUUGGCUACCCGGGCUUCACUUUUUGAAACCAUUCAUUGUCUCCCUGACUCGCUUCAUGAUCUCGAGCACUUGAAACUGUUGUAUAACUGCAUUUUACGCGAUAGAAAGCUUCCUGGGCCGGCUUGGAAACGCCAAAACGUUGGAUAUAACGAGAUCCCUGGAAAACUCUGUUUAUUGACCAACAAGAUUCAAGAACUCAAACAAAGAGUCGCGUCGGGUGAAAUAGGAAAUGUAGAUCACUAUGCUCUGAUGGGAUUAAGACGUGGAUGUUCGCGGUCUGAGUUGGAAAGAUCACAUUUGUUACUUGUAUUGAGACACAAGCCCGAUAAGGCCACUAGUUUUAUCGAUAGGUGUGAGUUUACGGAAGACCAUGACAUUGACUCGAUUAAGGACCGGGCUAAAAUGUCGGGCUUGUUGCUAUACAGGUUGAUACAAAGAGCUUACACGAAUCUAAUGAAAACAAUUUUGGAUGAAGAAGCUAAUGAGAAACAAAGGAAAAAGGCAUCAGCUGCACUGCAACACGCAAUGCAGCUAAAUGAGCAUCAUCAGCAACAACAGUCGUCUAAACCGGUUACUAGGACGACAACAAUCUCGACUAGGACAAACAAAAGCCGGAAUCAAGUUGAAAACACAAAUGCAUUUCAAGGAGUGUUUUGUAGAGACCUUGCUAUUGUUGGGAACUUGUUGUCACAAGCUGGUUAUAAUCGUCCUAUUCCGGUUAAAUAUGAAGGUUUAAGCUGUUAAUUAUAAUAAUUAUCUUAAGUAAUCUUUGAUCAAGAUUUUGAUCAAGAAAUA